AUGUUUCACGUUCCCCCCAACUUUGUACGCUUCACAGUUAUCAUCAGUAUCCAGAUCGUUAUCCUGGCAUUUGGAUACGGAUUCCUUGGUGCGGUUGCCUACUUUGAGUACCUUGCUCCAUCCGAUUCAGUCUGCGAGUUAAUGAGGAGCUAUCCUGGAGAGUUGACAAUGGUUGUCACAUUGAUAGCAACUGUGCUAUCAGUCACCGCUGCUACUCUGUUCACGCUUUCGGUCAAAGAGGCACUAAGACAUCGAAUGUGGAAGCCCAUUUCUCUAAUUCACCUGAGCACCGGUGUCGCUUUGGCACAGGGCUCUCAUAUUCUGAAACAUCGAUAUAUAGGUUUAACUAUCUUGACGCUGUUCAUCUUCGGAAUGCUGAGGCUCUUAACGGCCGGGUGGACAACGCUCUUGACACCUACCUUCUUCAUGUGGCCAGUAGAGUUAAAUGGAACCGAACUUGACAUAACUGGAAGCGCGUUUGCCGCCUUGCUCCGCGAAGAAUUCCUAGCAAAUGGUCUCACUGACAUCCAGGACAAUGCUUUCGAAAUUCUUGACAUUGGUGGAUUGCUCAGUGGAGUUGUUGCUGCAGGGUUUUCCUUUGGUCUUCCCGGGACAUUCAAUUUCAAUGGCGCAAAAUAUAACGUAUCCACUCAGGGGGUCGUACCUACCAUUGAAGCAUUUUCCGGCUCGGAUGGAGUUCCGAAUGCUAAUGGAGUCGUACCCGGAUCAUACUCCAACGCGCCUAUUCCUCAAGGCUUCAGUACUAACUACUCCAUGUCGCAACAAGGGUUAACAGCCAAUGUCAGCUGCCGGGCCAUUGACUCGAAUGAAACGCAGUACCUUUGGGACACGAAUAACUCUUACGUCAUCUAUACCAACGCAGCUGCUUCAAGUUCGAACUCCAUCACUGGUCUCCGCUUGUGGAAUAUCAGUGCAAACUGUGGUAGUAAUACGUCCACAACGUACGAAUAUGUGACCAUGGUGGAUGCGAAUGGAAAUACGAGUUCAUCAGGAAGUGGCUUUCUUCCAUCUGUUGUGUGCCCAGAACCAAUGAAUAUGAACCAAACUUAUACAAACUUCACCAUUUUUACACAAGGGUUUUACAAAUAUGGGUUCCUUCAAGCAAGCGUGUGCGAAGUGGUUCCCCUGUUGACCACAGUCCGCGCUGAUUAUUCCAACGAACAAAUUUCUGCCGAGGUCACAUCAUCCACUCCUUUCCAGCCAGAGAAUACCGAGCUACUGUCAUUUAUCGCUUCAGUUGCCAGGUUUCAGUCGAUCAACUCGCAGGGACUUACGAGCAGUACAAUUGGGGAUACCUUGUACUCCAUCUAUUCCUCAACCGCUAUCGGAUCCAUCAAUAACAAUCUUAAUGACACACGGGUUUACCUUGAGCUCGAGGAUUACUGGCGUGGUGUUGUUGAAUUUUCCGCCACGUUCCUUCGCUCCGGGUUUAUGGCCACAGGUAGCUUCCCGAAUAAUGAAAUUCCGAACAACCUCUCUUCCCAAGUCACUGGGACCAUGUUCAUAUCGACGAUAGGCUGGACUCGCUGGCCUAAGAAUUCACCGACAUAUCUGCUCGCUACAAUCCCGCUCACUAUUAUCACCAUCCUCACUUUAUUCUGCGCGUUGUACAGUAUUCUGGAGGCUUGGAAAGAGCAUCAAGAUCGUCUGAAAGAGGACCAAGAACGUGCCAAGCUUCAAGCAUUUGCCGGGCACCGCAGGACUCACCGCAGGGCCCACUUCGACGUGUCAAACACUCUUCAUCUCAUUAUGGUAUGCGCUGCUGGGGAUCUCGUACUCGAAGACUUCAGCAGGCAUGGGAUCAAGGAAAAUGAGGCUGCGAUGGUGAGCUUGUAUGAGUCCGAACCAGGUAUAAAACCCUCCAGAAAGAGGUUUGUGUCCGAACCAGCAGUGGUAUCUCCAGUUUUUGGGUAUAUCCGGUUUUUGCUUGGUCUUAUUUGA